AUGGAAGACGAUCUUUCCCUUUCUCAGACCCUGGGUGGCUUGCGAAUUGUGAAUCCUGACAACGAAUCAUCACCUACAUCGUCAACAGAAGCUACAUUGUCGACGACAAGGCCUACCUCGAUCAAUACCGCAGAAACUGAUCAUUCAUCACUGUCUCAAAGAGCAUCGCCCCUGAGUCUAUCCUUUCUAUAUCGUGGCGAGUCACCCACCGAAUUCUCUACAUCAAAAGCCUCGUCAUCAAACUACGACCAACAAUUUAUGAAUCAAUGUUCAAACUAUAGCAGUAGAGAGUCUCUUAUGCAAAACAAAGAUCAGGAAUCAAAAAGUAAGAUAGAGAUGAACAGGGCUUUUAGGAACUCAGUACCAUCAGACGAAGUAACACCCAAAGAUGCUCAGCUUCUAUUGCACGAUACCAGCGAGAAAAAUCGUAGUAUAGAACAGUUUCAUGAAAGAUUACCUCACCCAAUAUCAGACAAUAAUUCAGGCCAGUUAUCAUAUAAUCCAUUACUAGCUGGUGACUCAAACUUAUCGCGCUACGGAAUAGAUCCGUCGCGCUUAUCACUCUUGAUAGCAUCAUCAUCAUCCUGCACUGACUCACCACGAAGCACGGUUUCGGAAGUAGAAUCAGUGUCAAAGAAAGCCAUCGGCAGAGAACAAUCUCGUAGUCAAAGAAAUUCAUCAUACGCCGGUAAUGACUAUGGGAAUCCUAGGCCCAGCUUCAGAAGAGCUAUCGGGGCAUACUCUGAGAUCAGGCCCGGCUACAUAAACGAACCAACAUCUAGAUAUGACAUGGAGGCUAACAUGGCUCCUAGCAGCGAGGAUUGGAAAGAUAAGGGCGCUGCUGUGGGCAUACGAGAGGAAUAUGACUCAAGUGGUAACCUUGUGCUGCGUCAGGUUAAGAAGGGUGUCAGAGAUUUUGUUUUCGGCCACCUUUUGGGAGAGGGAUCUUACAGCCAAGUAGUUCUUGGUACAGACCGGCAAACUUUAAAGGAAUAUGCGGUCAAAGUACUGGACAAGAAGCACAUUAUCAAAGAAAAAAAAGUCAAGUAUGUCAAUAUAGAAAAGGACACCUUGAAUCGAUUAAUCGAACAUCCAGGUAUUGUAAGGCUCUAUUAUACAUUUCAAGAUAGCGCUUCGCUUUACUAUGUACUGGAUAUAGCUAGUGGCGGUGAGCUAUUAGGCGUCUUGAAAAAAGUGGGAUCAUUUGAUGAGGAAUGCACGCGAUUUUAUGGAGCACAGAUACUCGAUGCUAUCGAACAUAUGCACAAAAGGGGCGUAAUUCAUCGAGACCUUAAGCCGGAGAACGUCCUUAUGGAUGAUAAAAUGCACGUAAAAAUCACAGACUUUGGCACGGCAAAGCUUCUACCGGAUCCGCGGAAACAAAAGGAUAAAUCGGGCAGUUAUGACUUUAUUGAUGAUGAAGAUGAGUCUUCGCGCGCAAAAUCGUUUGUUGGAACUGCAGAGUAUGUGAGUCCUGAAUUACUAACGGAAAAAAAUGCUUGUAAGGCAAGUGACCUUUGGGCAUUUGGCUGUAUUAUCUAUCAAUUACUCACAGGAAGGCCGCCAUUCAAAGCAUCAAAUGAUUACCAAACUUUCCAAAAGAUCGUGAAUCUUGAAUAUGAAUACCCACCCGGCUUCCCCCGGCAGGCUAAAGAUCUUAUUGACCGUCUCCUCGUUUUAGAUCCACAAAAACGCCUGUCAAUCGAACACAUCAAGUCUCACCCAUUCUUCGAGGGGACUCAAUGGGGUCGUGACUUGUGGAAGCAAAAGGCGCCGAGGCUAAAGCCAUACGUACCCCAACCCCAGGAACCUAAUAUAAUCAAGCUCAGCAGCGGUUACCCGAAUAUCCAUGGGAACACUAAAAAUAAGCGUGGGUCGAAAAUCUCAUCAAAUGGUACAUCUCGGCCGCAUCCAACAGUAAUCACUGAGCUCCCUCCUCCAACUCAACUCGACAUUGAAUGGUCACCUGUCCUAACAAGAAAUAAUGAACGGAUAUUAAAACUUGGGAACCUAAAUGUCUCCACGAACCCCAUCUCACACAGCUCGAGCACGCGUAAUGCAGAUCACGGUGAUAACCAUGAAAGAAAAAGACUUUCAAGGUUCUUCGGUGGGAACUCAAAUAAGAAAAGGCAGCGACUAGUAAUUGUUACUUCCAGUGCACGAAUCGUUCUUGUCGCAGCAGGGGGCGAGGAGAAAAAGUUGAAGACAGAAAUUUCGUUAUUAGGAUCCGAAUGUUCCUGGCAAGUACAAGCCGACACCAAAGGUCAGGAAAUUUGGUGUGUUUAUAAUCAAGGCACCCAAUAUUCGUUUGAAGAUUCAAAAAACGCCGUAGUAACAGGGGAUGCACCCAAAAGUUCUGCACAGCAAUGGAUUGAUUCUAUCGAGCGCGCCAAAGAAAUUGCUACAUCCCAGUCCGUGAUUAAUUCUUUUAACAAUGAUAUUGGUUUUGAUGUGAUAUCAACCAUGUCCAGCCCAAAAAGCGCACGGUUUAGCGGUAAAAAUUAUUGUGAGAGUAUCAACAUUAACGACCGGUCUAGUCGAUCUUAUCUGAAAAAAGGGUUGACAAAUCUCGGCGGUGAUGAAGCCGAAAAUUAUGGAAAAAAGAGUAGAUUUGGUAAGAGACAAUCCAAGAGUGGGUUAUCAAUACCAUUUUGA